AUGUCUACCUCUGCUCGCCAUGACAGCAACGCUUCGCGCCCCGGGCCUUCCAGCCUGGUCUUUGAGGGUGACGAGAUGACGUACAACGAGACGAUCGAUGCGAUUUGCCAAUUCUUGACGCUGGCUACGCAUACCGUCCUGUACUUCAGACAGGUGUAUCCCCCCGAGGUCUUUACACGCAAGUCUGCGUACUCAGUGCCAGUCUGGGCGUGUAGACAUCCAGGUGUCUGCGAUUACAUAGACGAGCUCGUGCGCGCAGCCAAGGUGCAAGUCUUGAAGGGCUUAGUGAGCUCUGUGCACCUGGCUCUUAUGUCCACCACCACCCAAAGUGUCCUUGAACGCUAUCGAUUCGACUUGGAGUACAUGAUUCCCCUCGUCGUGCCCAGAGAUCGUGACCUUGCCAUACCAGGCAACUUGACUAAGAGCGUCAUGGAGAUCCAUCUCAGGGCGUUCAUGCAAAAGUUGAUCUCUCUGGACGCAGCACUCGAAGAUGUAGAGGAGCCUGAAGAUCUCACUUGGGCGUUCGUUCUGGUGCCAAAGGAAGGCCUAGUGCCCGAGACAGAUGACAAGAGCGGCAAUGAGCCCAGAGAAGGACCUUGGGUCCCCUUCGACGAUGGCCCACUACAGCUCUCGAAUCCCACGACAUCGUCCGACUCAAAUUCUCAGUCCGUGGAUGACCGCCAGCAGUCCCACGCAAGCUCACCCAUACACGCAAGACCGGCAGGAAGGAGAAGUGACAACGCAAACGACGCCUCUGUCAGUGAGCAAGAUCAGCCAAGCAUAUUGCCAGUCAAGAGCCUCGAUACUGGCGUUAUCAAUCUAAUGCUUUACGUUGAAGAGCACCCUUUAGCAAAGCGGCAGAGCUCACUCGUCUUCUCGCAGAGUACUCCUAACUCAUCCAGAAGGAGAGGGCAGGAAGGUCACGGCUCGAGAUCUGGAGGCGACAAAGGUUUGCUCCGUGGCGCAUCUCAACUGCCCGCAGAGGUGCGGGAUCUCGAUGCCCCGGUACCGCAUCCCGAGAAAGCUUCGAAGGGGGGCAGACAUGGCUCGCGCAAAGCAGGCGCUGCGGAUAUCAAGGAGCGAAACGGGAAAGGCAGGGCAACGAAUCUCGAGGAGGACGAGGACGCGAAGUCGAGAAGUGAAAGUGAUGAUGCAAGCGAGAGCGGUCGGAGCGCGGACAGCGUCGGCUCAUUUGCUGGAUAUGGAGGCAAUGCGGGAGGGGCCGGUAUGGCUGGGACACGAAUGUAG